AACAUCUUCAUCUAUCCGUCACUCCCCGUCUUUCCUUCCCUUUCUCCUCCCCCUGCUCGUACGACCACAGCAGGUCGGACGACAAUGGCUCCCUCGACGGCGACCGUCAUCCUCGCUUCCACCACAGCCCUCCUCGCUGCGUUAUACGCAUAUACCCCUCUGGGUGAUCACUUCGAGGCUCGCUACCUCCUCCCAAUCCCCCUUAUCCUCCUCCUCCUCUCCUUCACAAGGUUCAAGUCUUCCCUAAGCGCACUAUGGCUCUUCUUCUACAACUGCUUCCUCCGUCCACUCGGUCUGCACUCGGACCAGCAGUCACGUCUUGACUCGUUCUACACAGGUCAGGCGUCAGUCUACGAUGCAACUAGGAACGGUCUACUCAGGGGAAGGCGCACCAUGCUCAAGCUCUCUCUUGCACACCUCAAGCUCCUUCGCGCACGCGCUGCUGAUCCCUCAAAGCGUCUUGUUUGGGUCGACAUUGGUGGAGGCACAGGCUGGAACGUCGAGGUCAUGUCGCAGUAUGUGGAUCUCGCAAUCUUCGAUGCCAUCUACAUCAUCGAUUUGUGCGAACCUUUGCUCAAGGUGGCCCGCAACCGGGCAGAGAAGAACGGCUGGGCAAACGUCCAUUGUCUCCUGCAGGAUGCCUCGGGAUUCGUCCUCCCAGAGUGGAAGCAGCUGCGCACAGACCCAAGGGGAAGCGUGUCUUUCAUCACGCUCUCCUACUCGCUCUCCAUGAUCCCGUCCUACUUCACCCUCUUGGACAGGAUCGGCGAGGUCUUGGACCCGGAUGAUGGGCUGCUCGCUGUGGUGGACUUUUAUACCGCUGCCAAGGAGUCGUCGGAGCACGAGAAGGCUAUCGGUGGAGGGGGGAAGAAAGUCGGCUGGUUCUCCCGCUGGUUCUGGCAGAUCUGGUUCGACUUUGAUCAUGUCUCCCUCAGCCCGGGACGCCGCGACUACUUGGAGUACCGCUUCGGGACUAUCAAAUCGUACAACGGCAGGAACAAAUUCAUUGUGCCUUUCAUUGUCCGCAUCCCGUACUACAUCUGGCUCGGCACGCCUCGCUCUCGUUCCACCGAACGUAACAGGCACGCCUUCGAGGUCGAAGGAGGCAACACCGUCGGCAAUCUCUCCGCUCCCGGGACCCCCCUCUUCCCCACUCGCCCGACAACGCCUCUGUCGCUCAUUGGUAAGGAGGCGGGUGAGAACGACGAGGAAGUCGAGGAGCUCAGCUUGGACAUCUCCCGCGCCGUCGAGAAGGAUGAGAUGCACUCUGUUCUGGGAGAGCGUAAGGAGGGCGAGAAGGAGGGAAGGAAACAUGUCGUCCUCAAUGUUAUGCCUCCUCUCAGCUCGUUCCACUACCAGAUCAUGCACCCAUGGAGGUUGCCCUACUACGAGGCCAAGAUCCACAAGGCGUUCCGCACCUUCGUUUAUUCGUUCACCUGGGAAGAUCCGGAAGAGGAUAUGCGUCACCUCCAGCUCUCGAGCGAGGACUCGAUGUUUGUCAUCACCUCUGCUGGUGAUAACGCGCUGCACUAUGCCAUCGCCGCCCAGCCCAAGCGUAUCCACUGUGUUGACAUGAACCCGUGCCAAGGCCAUCUCAUGGAGCUCAAGCUCGCCGCUACCAGGUCCCUCGAUUUCGGCGACUUCUUCAAGCUCUUCGGCGACGGCAAGCACCCCGAGUUCCGUCAACUGCUUGACUCGACCAUCUCUCCCUACCUCUCGUCCAACGCCUACACAUUCUGGCGCAUCAAUUCCAAGGCAUACCAUUCCUCCUUCUACCGCCGGGGCUACUCUGGCUGGGCUCUGCGCCUCGCCAAGUGGGUGUUCUCCGUUGCGGGCGUAAGCGACUUUGCAGAACAGAUGUGCGAAUGCGACACCGUCGAGGAGCAGGACAAGAUCUGGCGCGAAAAGCUCCGCCCCGUCAUCCUCAACCGUACAUUUGUGGAUCUCGUCCUUAGCAACCCCGUCUUCUGCUGGAACGCGCUCGGCGUACCCAUGAACCAGAGGGCGAUGUUCCUUAAUGAAGGUACGGCUUUCGAAUUCGUGAGGGAUACCCUGGACCCGAUCGCCAAGACCGCCGUGCUCAAGCAUGGCGCAUACCAUUUCUUGCUCUGCCUCCUCGGUCACUAUACCGCCGACUCGUGCCCACUUUACCUGACUCGUGCCGGCUUUGAGGCUCUCAAGGCUAACGACGGCGCUCUGAUGGACGCCUUCCGUCUGCACACCGACUCGAUCACCAAUGUGCUCCGUGGCCUGGCGCCCGGCUCCAUCACUCGUGCGGUGAUCAUGGACCAUUUGGAUUGGUUCGACUCCGGCUCGGAGGACGCGAGGGACGAAGUGACAGCCAUGUAUCGUGCCCUCGCUCCGGGUGGUAUGGUCUUCUGGCGCUCAGCCGCAAGACAGCCAUGGUAUUGUGAGAUGUUCAAGGAACAGGGCUUCGAUCUCCUUCCUCUCGGAGUUCGGUCUGGUCCGGAGAAGUCCAUCGACAGGGUAAACAUGUACGCUUCCUUCUGGCGUGCGGUCAAAAUCUAGAGCCAGCCCGUCUAGCGUGGCAUGUCUCACCUCCCCUUCCUUCUCUCUAUUUGCUCAGUCGCAAGUGGUCAAUCACUUGCUCACUCACUGGUUAUGGUCUGCUAUCUUUAUUCAAGGGACAUUCGGCGCUUAAUACAGUACAUGUCGCUUGGAUAUAGGACCCAAUUGAAUGACAUUUACGACCAUGGAAAGGGCUUGUCGGCAUGGUACCAGACUCUUCUGCGAAUCUUGCGUAUCUGCUAGCAGCGUCAUUUCUUUCACAGCGUUGUCCAUGAAUCGCGCUUCACGG